GGAGCAAUUAAUGGUGUAUCAAGUACUGUUUUAAUUUAUAGCAGUCCCAAGAACAAACUAGAAACAAUACAAUGGUGAAUUCAACACAGCUGCUAUAUCCUUCCUCUGCACCAAACUCUGGAUAUUCCAGAAAGACCGAAGGAAGAGUAGGAGACAGAUACUGGAUACGGUCUCAUUCCGUAUUUCCCACCUUAGUCAGAGUUCUGCCCUCUGCAAGGUGAACAUUUGUUGAAGUCGUAGCUUGAAGAUGAUGGAGACAUUAGGGCGUUCAGUGUGUAAAUUUUUUUCACCUUCACUUCUGGCCGAAACUUUCCUAGGAUACAUUAUUACAGUCAAGUUUAUGGUCUAUUUCCUUUCAGAUGCGCUAUACACCGACAGCGUAAGGAAUACAUUUCGACUUCCAGAGUUUUUUUUUUUCAAUUGGCACUUGAGCUAACAUCUGUUGCCAAUCUUUUUUUCUUCUUUUUCUUUUUCUCCCCAAAGCCCCCCAGUACAUAGUUGCAUCUUCUAGCUGUGAGUGCUUCUAAUUGGCCAUGUGGGACACCGCCUCCACAUGGCCUGAUGCGCGGUGCCAUGUCCGCGCCCAGGAUCGGAACCAGAAAACCCUGGGCCACCAAAGCAGAGCACCCGACCUUAACCACGUGGCCACGGGACUGGACCCUCAACUUCCAGAUCUAACAAGUUGCAACAGUAUUUUGCCACUUGCCAGGAGGCUAAACCCCGACGUUAUGUUAAAAGCACAGCUAACACGCACGAGAGCGCUUCCCCUCACUUGACUUCCUUACCCCGCACGAGGCGCCAUGACGUCACGACAUCUGCGACGGGCGGCCGACGAGGCGGGGCGCUGCGUCCCCGGCGUCCCACGGGCGGCGCUAGUUGGGCGGUACUGUGCGCCGCACGAUUUUCUCUCUGCUCUUGACAGGCUGGUUGACUCCUGCCCGGUGGCGCCCGGUGGGGCGUUCCUGAGAAAGCCGAGCCGCGGGCAUGGCGCCGUUGCGUCCCGGGACCAUCGCGUGAUGCCUCCGUCGCCCGGGGGGAUGUGGACUCUUUCGGGCCGGGGCUGGUGGCGCGGCCGCGCGCUCGCGGCGUGGGCCCCUGGGGCCGCUCAUCGGGGCCUUCCUGGGCCUCCCCGACCGACGACCCGCCAGGCUGCACCCGGGUCCAGGGCUCCGAACAGGCUCUCCAGCUCAGCAGCGCGCCAGGAAAAAAUUGACAUGUCUAGAUUCCCUGUUGAAAAUAUUAGAAAUUUCAGUAUCAUUGCACAUGUGGAUCAUGGCAAAAGUACUUUAGCUGACAGGCUCCUGGAACUAACAGGGACAAUUGAUAAAACAAAGAAUAAUAAGCAAGUUCUUGAUAAAUUGCAAGUGGAACGAGAAAGAGGAAUCACUGUUAAAGCACAAACAGCGUCUCUCUUCUAUAAUCAUGAAGGAAAGCAGUACCUUUUAAAUCUCAUUGAUACACCGGUAAGCCAUGUUGAUUUCAGUUAUGAAGUAUCCAGGUCACUCUCUGCUUGCCAGGGUGUUUUACUUGUGGUUGAUGCAAAUGAGGGUAUUCAAGCCCAAACUGUAGCAAACUUCUUUCUUGCCUUUGAAGCACAGCUGUCAGUAAUUCCAGUUAUAAACAAGAUAGAUCUGAAGAAUGCUGAUCCUGAAAGGGUUGGAAAACAAAUUGAAAAGGUGUUUGAUAUUCCAAGUGAUGAAUGUAUUAAGAUUUCUGCUAAACUUGGAACAAAUGUUGAAAGUGUUCUUCAGGCGGUCAUCGAAAGAAUACCCCCUCCUAAAGUGCAUCGAAAAAAUCCCUUGAGAGCUUUGGUAUUUGACUCCACCUUUGACCAGUAUAGGGGUGUGAUAGCCAAUGUAGCGCUGUUUGAUGGAGUGGUUUCCAAAGGAGAUAAAGUUGUAUCUGCACAUACUCAAAAGACAUAUGAUGUUAAUGAAGUGGGAAUCCUGAAUCCUAAUGAGCAGCAAACUCAUAAACUAUAUGCAGGACAGGUGGGCUAUCUGAUUGCUGGGAUGAAAGAUGUCACUGAAGCACAAAUAGGAGACACAUUAUAUUUACAUAAACAACCAGUGGAGCCCUUGCCUGGGUUUAAAUCAGCGAAACCAAUGGUAUUUGCAGGAAUGUACCCUGUAGAUCAAUCUGAGUAUAAUAAUCUGAAGAGUGCUGUAGACAAACUGACUUUAAAUGAUUCCAGUGUGACAGUUCGUCGGGAUAGUAGCCUUGCCCUAGGUGCUGGCUGGAGGUAAGAUUCAGUUGCGUAGUAGGGUCCCAUUUUUAUUGAAAAAUAAAGUUUAAAUGAUUUAUUGCUCUUGAACAUUUCUGAAGAUAAAUUCAUAUUAGUAUAACGUGAACUAAAACAAUUAAUGUCUGUCUGUUUCACACUAUAGAUUCAUAUUUUAUGGGUAAGUUUUAUAGUGAUUUUA